AUGAGCGCACAAUCUGACCCGCCAACUGGGAUUUCUCCUCACAAUGAAUCGUCUUCUGAUGAACAAACUGGAGCUCAAAUUGACGUUGCAGAACAAGCAAAUAAUGCUGACUCCACUUCUUCACCAGCCUACAGAAAUGAUCCGUCAUUCCCAACAGUUAACACUGAGCAGCCAUCCCAACUAAGCACGUUCCAAAUAAAUCACGCCCGUAUCAUUCAACUUCGAGUCCAACGUAUUCGAGAGCUCCGCGCUGAAAGAGGAGAAUUAAUAAAUCAAGUCGAACUAAACUUGGAAGGAAUCCAACAACCAACAGCAGCUGGGGUGCUUGGAUUGUACGCUCGAUGGAUGCGUUUGGAUAAUGAAAUUCUUCAAUUGGAGGCAGAAACUUUGAAUGAGCAGAGACUGAUCGACGAGCAACGCAAUCGCCAGCAGGACCAACACACACCACAUUGA